AUGGUUAUUAAGAAAUGUGUAAGAUGCAACAGUAAUAUUACCAAGAAAGCCACUGGACUGGAAUGCAGCAGAUGCGAAAAGGUAGUACACGCAACAAUUGACUGUGCCAAAUUAUCAACUGAGCAACUAGCCGCUCUUCGAGCUUCGGAUGGCCUAGAAUGGAGUUGCGAAGACUGCCUCAAUAACGUGAGCAGACGUUCAUCAUUCUUUAUUCCUGAAGAUACAGAUGAAGCCAUAUCCAAGGUGCCAUUUGACAUGCAAAAAUUCAUGAGAAACAUUACAUCUGAAAAUAAGAAGACUAUCAAAGCAGAGAUCAAGUUGCAAACAUUGAGGAAGUUCUUAGGAAUCAGAAUAGCAAAAUAA